AUGAAUGGCUCACUAGGUGACCCGUCAUCGCUAGAUACUGCCGACUACGAUCCCAUAGACCACAUCAAUCUCCUCUUCUCCCACCCUUCCGCCGUCUCUUCGAUAAAUAGAGUCUCCAAGACUCUCAAGCAACAGCAGAAUGACGUCUCAAAGGACAUCAGCGCCCUCGAACAAACACAGGCUUACCAACCCGACUCCAGCCUCGAGCGGAUGCAGUCCGCGCAAACAGAGUUGGCGCAGCUCUUCCGAAAGAUUGAAACCGUGCGAUCGCGUGCUGUAGAGACCGAACAAAACAUUACGACUAUGACGGCCGAUAUCAAGCGCCUCGAUGGCACCAAGAAGAACCUGACGCUGAGCAUGACUGCUCUGAAGCGACUGCAGAUGCUGACGACUGCCUACGAACAGCUGAGAGGCUUGGCACGAACACGACAGUAUAGAGACUGCGCUGGCUUGCUACAGGCUGUUUUGCAACUUAUGAAGCAUUUCAAUAGCUACCGCAGCAUCGAGCAGAUUGCCACCCUGAGCAGAGAAGUCGCCGAGCUGCAACGGGAACUGCUGGAGCAGGUCUGCGAAGAUUUUGAGAUGUCGUUUGCUAAGGGGGAGGUUGGUACAAAACGAAAUGUCCUUGUUGAAGCGUGUCUGGUUAUGGAUGCGCUCGGAGAUGCUGCAAAAUCGCGGAUUGUGACGUGGUACGUCAACACGGAGCUGCGAGAAUACCGCCAAGUAUUCCGAGGCAACGAUGAGGCAGGCAAUCUGGACAAUAUUGGAAGACGGUAUGCGUGGUUCAAGCGCAUGAUAAAGACUCAUGAAGACGACCAUGCAGUUAUCUUCCCACCUCACUGGCGCGUUAAUGAAGUCCUGGCAACAGCGUUUUGCGAGGGUACACGCGACGAUUUCAAAGGCAUCUUGGAGCGCAGCAUGCGUCGUGCGGAUGGCGCCAAGAUUGAUGUCAACCUGCUUUUGAGCUGUCUGCAAGAAACGCUAGACUUUGAACAGAGCAUUGAGAAACGCUUCGCUAACGAACCAAGAGCAAGCAUCGAUACUCUGAGCUCAGCUGAGGAAAAGACACAAAAUUUCAACGGACUCAUUUCUGUUGCGUUUGAGCCGUACCUAAGCCUGUGGGUAGAGUCCCAAGACAAGCAGCUUGCUACGAUGAUACCAAAGUACCGCACUCAGCCUCUCAUUUCCGAAGAUGACGAAUUCUCACCUCAAGCCGUCAUCCCAUCUGCCAUUGAACUCUUCCACUUCUACAAACUCACACUCUCGCAAUGCGCAAAGCUCUCAACUAGCGAAAGGCUGCUUGACUUAUCCAAAACCCUGGCUAGAUAUUUGGACGAGUAUGCCCAACAAGUGCUGCUCAGUAUACUUCAGUCAACAGGAACUAGUAGUCCCACGAUACAAGAUGCUGUGCUAGUGCUCAACACGGCAGACUUUUGGCAUGCCAACACCACACAACUAGAAGAGAAUAUCAAGAAGCGUAUCGAUGCGGACCUUGUUUCCAAGGUGGACAUGUCGUCACAGUCGGACGCCUUUCUCGGAGUUGCCAGCGCUGCUGUUCUUUCACUAGUACAAAUCAUUCAAUCUGACUGCGAAGGAACGUGGCGGGAGAUGAAGAAUACAAACUGGAGCACAAUGGAGACGGCCGGUGACCAGAAUCUCUAUGUUGGUGAGCUGAUCCGCCAUGUUAAUGCUAAAACGGAGGAGAUUCUAGCUGUGGUGGCGAAGCAACAGUAUGCCAGAGCCUUUUGUGAUAAUCUGGUGGAAAAUAUUGCAACUACAUUUAUUGCCAACAUUGUGGCAUGUAAACCAAUUUCGGAAGUUGGAGCACAACAGAUGCUCGUCGACAAGUAUGCCCUUAGCAAGGCAUUUAUCAACUUAAUGUCGUACCACAACCCGAGCGCAGUGCCGCAAACACCAUCUGGUCCGUUUACUCGCCGUGUCGAGCAGUCGAUGAACCGAAUGGAUCCGCUGCUCAAGACGCUACAAGUACGGUCGUCACCGCCAGAGGGCCUGGUUCAAGCAUACCUUAUACAUAUAGGCGACCGUUCGGAUACCAACUUCAAGAAGAUCCUGGAGCUCAAGGGCGUGCGCAAAUCAGACCAGCCGCAUCUUGUCGAGCUCUUUGGUAUCCAUCGGGACAGCAACGCCAACGGCAAGCUCAUACAGAACUCGCCAUUGCUAACACCACUUAUGGAUGCAUCUGGCAUGGGAGGCGGUAUCACGGCAAGCACAUCCGGGUCGCUCACCGGAGCAUCGGCGGCUGGUCGGUUCGACGCAGGCUCCUUUGGUGAAAAGCUGCUGAGUGCCGCGCGAGACAUUAGCGCAACGAGUGCCAUUACAUCGCCGAACGGUAUGACCGACAAGGCCACGAUCAACGAGAACCUGCGCAACUUUGGCAAAUUCUUCCGACGUGAUAUUGGUGGGCUCGGCGCUCGCUUUGGCAAACGGGAUGGUAGCAUUGGCGCCGAGGAGGGCCAGCGAUAG